GUAGACACUUGCCCAAGCAGUCUGCAGUGAUAUAAAACAAGAAAAUCUCGACCUAGUCGGUUUGCAUGUAAGAAACGUGCGUUGCAUAGCUCAACAAUGACAGCCAGACAAUUCCAGAACACGCAAACUGAUGGAUGAUCAAGACCCUUUAGCUGGCCUCAGCGACAUUGACUGGUCUAAUCUCGAACACGCUUAUGGUCCAGCCGAUAACGUUCCUCCGCUUAUACGAAAACUGAGAUCUUUAGUUAAAGAGGAUCACACGUGUUCGCAAACAGAUCUGAGCCAUGAUGGUACAGUGUCUUACUGGAUGUUCUAUCUUGGUGAGAGCGAGGUGCUGGCUCAUCUUAACCUCGAGAUGGCAGAGAGCUAAGCCCAGUCGACUGGGCUUAAUUUGGGUGGGGCUUUACAUGACAUGGGGUUGGAUAGCCCCCGGCCCCCUGGAUGAAAAAUAUAUAUAAAAUAACAUAAUUCAGCCGCCGACGAUAGGAGCUAAACACUUGGAGGAAACUAGCUUUCAGUUCACUUAUUACUACUAAUAACUACGAGGAUUAAGAAGACAAGUGAUAUUCAGG